UGGGGUUCGUCUUCGGAAAAAAAAACAACAACGCUAGCUUCGUCUCUCGGCUGUUUCAAGGUUCUCUCGCGGUCGCUUCCCCUCUCGCCGUAGGAGCGGGUAUCGCGAGAGCUGGGUCCCGAGCCUGUAAAAGGGGCAGCAUGUCUGACAACGAGGAUAAUUUUGACGGAGAUGAUUUUGAUGAUGUAGAGGAAGAUGAAGGAUUGGAUGAUCUAGAAAAUGCCGAGGAGGAGGGUCAGGAAAAUGUCGAAAUCCUGCCAUCUGGAGAGAGACAGCAAGCAAACCAGAAGAGGAUCACCACUCCCUACAUGACCAAAUAUGAGCGGGCCAGAGUUCUCGGCACCCGUGCCCUCCAGAUAGCCAUGUGUGCCCCAGUGAUGGUAGAGCUAGAAGGAGAGACAGACCCCUUACUGAUUGCAAUGAAAGAACUCAAAGCUCGGAAGAUUCCCAUAAUUAUCCGCAGGUACCUGCCAGAUGGGAGUUAUGAAGACUGGGGUGUGGAUGAACUGAUCAUUACGGAUUGAUUGACUUGUCUUCUGUGCAUCAACUCUGCUUUCACUGUAAUUUUUUUUUUUACUGUUGUGUAAAUAAAUACUAAAAUUUUA